UAAAAGAGAUGCCAAAAAUAGGGUAGGCAUCUUGACCCUGGUCGCUGCCCUGGACAAAACUGCAGUCAUCCAGAGACCUCAGAGCGCGCAGAUGCGAACCGAGGCGACCCGGAGUGGCGGUUCCCGUGGUCUGUGAGAACAGUUUUCCUGUGCCGACCACCCUCGCCUUCUCCAGCUUGCAAUCCCGCCAGCGUCAGACUCGGAACAUGCUUGCCAAUUCAGCCAGUGUGCGGAUUCUCAUCAAGGGAGGCAAGGUGGUGAACGAUGAUUGUACCCACGAGGCAGACGUCUACAUCGAGAACGGCAUCAUCCAGCAGGUGGGCCGUGAGCUCAUGAUCCCCGGAGGGGCCAAGGUGAUUGAUGCCACCGGGAAACUGGUGAUCCCUGGGGGGAUUGACACCAGCACCCACUUCCAUCAGACCUUCAUGAACGCCACGUGUGUGGACGACUUCUACCAUGGGACCAAGGCGGCCCUCGUUGGAGGCACCACCAUGAUCAUCGGCCAUGUCCUGCCUGACAAGGAGACCUCCCUCGUGGAAGCCUAUGAGAAGUGCAGGGCUCUGGCUGACCCCAAGGUCUGCUGUGACUAUGCCCUCCAUGUGGGGAUCACCUGGUGGGCACCCAAGGUGAAAGCAGAGAUGGAGACACUAGUGAGGGAGAAGGGGGUCAACUCCUUCCAGAUGUUCAUGACCUACAAGGACUUGUACAUGCUUCGAGACAGUGAGCUAUACCAAGUGUUUCAUGCCUGCAGGGACAUUGGGGCGAUCCCCCGAGUCCACGCUGAAAAUGGGGAGCUCGUGGCUGAGGGUGCUAAGGAGGCUCUAGAUUUGGGCAUCACAGGCCCAGAAGGAAUCGAGAUCAGCCGUCCAGAGGAGCUGGAAGCCGAGGCUACUCACCGUGUCAUCACCAUUGCAAACCGGACUCACUGUCCCAUCUACCUGGUCAAUGUGUCCAGCAUCUCGGCUGGGGAUGUGAUCGCAGCUGCUAAGAUGCAAGGGAAAGUGGUGCUGGCUGAGACCACCAACGCACAUGCCACGCUCACAGGCUUGCACUAUUACCACCAGGACUGGUCCCACGCAGCCGCCUAUGUCACGGUGCCUCCUCUGAGACUGGACACCAACACUUCCACCUACCUCAUGAGCCUGCUGGCCAAUGACACGCUGAAUAUUGUGGCAUCAGAUCACCGGCCAUUCACCACAAAGCAGAAAGCCAUGGGGAAGGAAGACUUCACCAAGAUCCCACAUGGUGUGAGCGGCGUGCAGGAUCGAAUGAGCGUGAUCUGGGAGAGGGGAGUGGUUGGAGGGAAGAUGGAUGAGAACCGUUUUGUAGCUGUCACCAGUUCCAACGCAGCCAAGAUUCUCAACCUGUAUCCUCGCAAAGGCCGCAUCAUCCCCGGAGCCGAUGCUGAUGUGGUGGUGUGGGACCCGGAAGCCACAAAGACCAUCUCAGCCAGCACCCAGGUGCAGGGUGGAGACUUCAAUCUGUAUGAGAACAUGCGCUGCCAUGGCGUACCACUGGUCACCAUCAGCAGGGGGCGUGUCGUGUAUGAGAACGGCGUCUUCAUGUGUGCAGAGGGCACUGGCAAGUUCUGUCCUCUGCGGUCUUUCCCAGACAUUGUCUAUAAGAAGCUGGUGCAGAGAGAGAAGACCUUAAAAGUGAGGGGAGUGGACCGCACUCCCUACCUAGGGGAUGUCGCCGUUGUUGUCCACCCUGGGAAAAAAGAGAUGGGAACGCCCCUGGCAGACACUCCCACACGGCCAGUCACCCGGCAUGGGGGCAUGCGGGACCUUCAUGAAUCCAGCUUCAGCCUUUCCGGUUCUCAGAUUGAUGACCAUGUUCCAAAGCGGGCCUCAGCCCGGAUCCUCGCGCCCCCUGGCGGCAGGUCGAGCGGUAUUUGGUAAAGGCUCUGACCAGCACCCCCAAGUGAGGCUCUCUUCCACCAUCACCCACCUGCGCACCUUCCGGCCACGGCUGCAGUGGGUGGGAGAGGCUGGGCAGGGCAGCGCACUAGCAGUGGGGGCUCCAGGAAGCGGAGAGCCCUCCCCUUUGUCUGAACAUGAUUCACGGGGCUUUGACCCGCCCCUAACGGCACUUUGAGCGGUCCCUUCCUGCUCUGCUCCUUCCUUCCUUCCUUCCUCGGCCCCCCGGGCUUUCUCUGGGCCCCAGAGACCACACUAUGCACAGCACCGGAUGCAUAGCGCCUGGCCCCGCCCCCCCUCUCACCACCACCUCCAGUGCUGGCUCUGGGAAGGCCCGGACUUUAGUGCCCUGCCCUGCUGCCCACCCAGACAGGUGUCCAGAGCACUUUAGCAGAUGUGUUUUUAUAAGGGCGGGCCUUCCCCACUCUCCCCUGAGGUCCCAUGGUGACAUUUCCCAAGUCAGACAGGUGUCAGCUCCCCAGCCAUGCCCAAGAUGUCCCGUCUCUCCCGACUCACCCGUAGCCCUGUGUGGGUCCAGUGGGGACACCCUGGAUGUGGCUGUGGUUGGGACACCCUGUGCCCUUCGCUAGCCUCUUUCCACUUCCCACCCACACCCUCUGGGAGUCUCAGGGCCCCAGAAGGGUAGCUGGGUGGGCAUGGGGCUGGUGCCAGGCGCGUGUAAAUGGUUUUGUUUUGCACGUUCGGUUUGCGAAGUGGUUUCGUUUGACUUGUUUGUGCACCCUGUGGAAAAUAACGGUGCUUCGUGUCACUAGCAUAGCAUAGAAUCGGGAAUAGAUUUGGUUCUUAGGAGAUGCUGCACUCACCACCAACCAGACAGUACAGGGCAGCGGCGGGGGCAGGCUGUGCCCCUGGCCCCUUCCCUCCAAUCCAGGGUCCUUUCUGCUACCGGAAGCCCUGGACCAUGCCUCCCCUGUACCACAUCCCUGCCCCUUACCGCCCCCUCCUACCUUCCUGCAUUCAAAUAGUCCUGGGUGCUGACCCUGGGAACCUUCAGGCAGCUAGGUGGCCCCUCUCUCAUCUCUGCUCCUGAUCAUGCCCAGCACUAACCCCACACCCAUACCCUCACACCCCUACACAGCUUCCCAUAACUUUCCCCUGCUGGUCAAGGCCUAGCUACUCCUCCUGUGUGACUAGCAAGAGGCCCCAUACCUGCUGAGAGAGGGGGAGAAGGGGAGGCUUCACCAGCCAGCCACCAGGGAAGGGGCUUCAGCACACGAGGUCUAGCUGUAGAAUCCACCCCACUGCACAAGUCCUGUAGGAUCCUGCACUCAACACUGCGCUCCUGACCACUACUGGCUUGGCCUGCCCUGUCUCACAAGCUCCUUGGAGGCUCUUAUACGUGGCUACACAGUCGGAGAAGCGGCCCAGCUGUUGGCCUUUGAUAAGCCUCAUUUUCCUCUUGGGGAGUGAUCUCCCUUUUGUCUGAGCUCCCCCAAACUUGCCAGAGGCCCCAGAGAUCUUGGCAUCCACCCCUGCACAUUUUGGGGUGCUUUGGGCGCAUCAAAGCGCUUGGAACGCCUAUUACUCUCCCCCAUUGUACAGACAAAAAGAAAAACAAAAAAAGCCCAGAGGCCCUAUAUUGGUGAAAUU